ACCUGCAAAAGGUUUUAAAUACUCCUCAUGGUGAUAAUAUGCUGUUAUAUUACUCACGGAAAUACGCGGUAUACAAUGAAACAGUAUAUGAAAGUGGAACAAGGCGCACGUUUUGCUAUUUGUGGGGUGAAACCGACGGUAAUCGUGGCUGCGAUGAGAUCUGCACAAUUAUAAAUAAAUAUUUGCAAGACGUUGACCAGCGUGUUUUUGUCAAAUUCGUUGUGCUUUACUGCGAUAGCUGCUCCGGGCAGAAUAGAAACAGGGCCAUGUUGAGUAUGUUGCAUCAAUUUUUAAAAAGUUCCAAGAACGUCCAUCAUAUAAAAAUAGUGUUUCUUCUUCCGGGACAUACGUACAUGCCCGUAGACUCGGUCCAUGCAACAAUAGAACGCUUCAUUAACAAACGCACCGUUUGGGCGCCAUCGGAAUGGCAUACUUUAAUCGCUAAUGCGAGGGUUAAUCAUACACCUUUUGAGGUAAUUAAUAUGAAGCAUACCGAUUUCAUGUCUUGGAAAGAAGCGGCUAAAAAUGUAUUACCAAACAAAAUUAAUAAAACAAAAGAAGGAGAAAAAAUUUUACUGAGUCAGCUAAGAAUUGCUUCUUUCAAAAAAGGUGAAGAUGUCAUUAAAAUUCAAUAUUCUUUUUUGGACUGCGACGGACAACAAACUGUAGAACUUCGUCAACCACGUAAAUCUAAAAGGUCAGCCAGCAGUCUCCUAGAAAUGCCGAAAAUAGGAAAUUUAUAUCCAUCACCGCUCCCAAUUUCUGCCUUGAAGUUAAAGAAUUUAAUGGACCUAUGUGCCAAGCGCGUGAUUCCAGAACGCUACCACAAAGAAUACGAAAAUUUUAAGGGUACGAUAGAGGUUGAAGAUACAUUGGCAGAAACGGAUGAAGAGGAUGAAAAAGUUGAAGAAGACUGAGAUUUGUCUAAGCAGAGCUCCUAGAAUUAUGUUGUUUAUUUUGUUGUUUUUAUUUACUUCCAUUUAUAAACAAUUGACCUAUUUGUUUAUAAUUUCAUUACUUCUUAGAAACAAAUAGCUGAGCCUAUAAUUAUUUAGAAAUUCACAUCCAGAAACGAGCAGAACAUCGUAUGUGUAUCGUAAGCGGCUAAGAUUUAAAACACAAUUUUAAUAUUUUCUUGGCAAAACAU